CUGCAAUGUGUGUAGAUGGGCUCCUGAAAAAUACCCCAAAGGGGAGCAAUCUGAGAAGUCCAAAGACUUCCUUCUCUGAGAAUUGCUAGAGCACGAUUGUUGGGGGACAGUAGUAUUUAAGAUUGGAAGUGGAAAAUUCCCCCCACAGAGUCUACAAAUAUCAGUAGCAUGAAAAUCAGUUUCUCAAGUUGGUUUAGCAAGGUACUGUUACUGCUGAGUGCCUUUGCCAUUCCAUCUCUGCCAGUAGAACAAGAUGCAUUCUACCCAUUUUUGAAGUUUCUGCACUCGUUGCUGUGGAAGAACAGUAUUUCUCCUGUCCCUGCAGGUCAAUUUUAACAGUGAGAGAGUAAUUCUGGCAAUGUGCAGACUCUGCUCACUGUUGGAAGAUGGGAGAGAUAGAAGGAACAUACAGAGUUCUGCAGACGCCGGGCUCUCGUUUGGGUGCCCAGAAGACCGCGGGAGUGAGUACCCUGGAGUCAGGACAGAACCUCUCCGCUGCCAUGGCAUCGGCGCCCGCCAGAGCGCACGAGCGCGACCUCCCCGUCAGAAUCAGGAUGUUGGACAACACGGUGGAAGUACUCGACAUUGAGACAAAAUGUUACGGCCAGACAUUACUGACAGAAGUUUACAAGCAUCUGAAUUUGAUUGAAUCAGACUACUUUGGAAUUGAGUUCCAGAACAUCCAGUCAUAUUGGAUUUGGCUGGAACCUAUGAAACCUGUUAUUAAGCAAGUACGGAGACCGAAGACUACAAUGCUUCGUCUAGCUGUGAAGUUUUUCCCUCCAGACCCGGGUCAGUUGCAAGAGGAAUAUACCAGGUACCUGUUUGCAUUGCAAAUCAAGAGAGACCUGGCAGAGGAGCGACUGACCUGCAGCGACAACACGGCAGCUCUGCUGGUCUCCCACCUUCUGCAGUCUGAAAUAGGGGAUUUCGAUGAAUCGGAGGAUCGAGAACACCUUAAAACAAACCAGUAUUUGCCAAACCAGGAAAGAAUUGAAGGAAAGAUCCUGGAGUUCCACAAGAAGCAUGUGGGUCAAACUCCAGCUGAAUCUGACUUUCAAGUGCUUGAAAUUGCCCGGAAACUGGAGAUGUAUGGCAUCAGAUUCCACCUCGCCUCCGACCGUGAGGGCACCAAAAUCAACCUGGCGGUUUCACACAUGGGUGUGCUGGUGUUCCAGGGUAACACGAAAAUCAAUACCUUCAACUGGUCCAAAGUCCGUAAACUGAGCUUCAAGAGGAAAAGAUUCCUUAUUAAGCUCCACCCAGAGGGCCCGUAUCAAGAUACGUUGGAGUUUCUUUUGGGAAGUAGGGAUGAGUGUAAAAACUUCUGGAAAAUCUGUGUUGAGUAUCACACGUUCUUUAGGCUAUUUGAUCAGCCAAAGCCAAAGGCUAAAGCAGUGUUCUUCACCAGAGGGUCAUCGUUCAGAUACAGUGGACGAACACAGAAGCAACUAGUGGAUUAUAUUAAGGACAGUGGGAUGAAGAGAACCCCGUAUGAAAGGAGGCACAGCAAGGUCAGAGCAUCCACUCGCGCCUCCAACACAGAUGUGCCAAAACAGAGUGUCCCAUUCACUGAGGGCUUGAGAACCCCAGGGUCUCCUGCCUCGACAGCUGCUCCCUUUUCCUCGGUUCGCUCCUCGACCAGUCCUGCUCCUGUCCUGCCCAUCUUUGCUGAAUCCAGCCCUUCCUCCUUGGACCCCCGAGCACCGUACACAAGGAUUCCAGACAAAACCACUGCAGCACCAGCAGAAGAAGCGGGGAGGAAUCUGAUGCAGCAACCCGGAUCUCCCAUGCUCCAAGGCCUCCCCGUGGACCAUCCCGAGCUCUCCUCCCUUGUGCUGAAGAGUCCCCUGGGCUUGACCCCGGCCUUUCAGGUGAACUUGAACGCAGCUGCCCAGGGCUCAUCCCCUCUGCUGAGUCCUGUCCUCAGCGACGCUGGCGGGGCCAGGAUAGAAGAGGAUGAUGAAAUGAAACGGAAGCGCUACCCCACCGACAAGGCAUACUUCAUAGCAAAGGAGAUUCUUGCCACAGAACGGACCUAUUUAAAGGACCUGGAAGUUAUCACAGUGUGGUUCCGCAGCGCGGUCAUCAAGGAGAAUGCCAUGCCAGAGGGCCUGAUGACACUGCUCUUCUCCAACAUAGACCCCAUCUAUGAGUUCCAUCGAGGCUUUCUGAAAGAGAUUGAACAAAGGCUCUCACUCUGGGAAGGCAGAACCAAUGCUCACGUGAAAGGAGAUUACCAGCGCAUCGGAGAUGUCAUGCUCAGGAAUAUGCGCAUCCUAAAGGAGUUCACCAGUUACCUGCAGAAGCACGACGAGGUCCUGACAGAACUGGAGAAAGCAACCAAGCGCCUCAAGAAGCUGGAGAUGGUUUAUAAGGAGUUUGAGCUGCAGAAGGUUUGCUACCUGCCCCUCAACACCUUUCUGCUCAAACCCAUCCAGAGACUGAUGCACUACAAGCUGAUCCUGGGCAGGCUGUGCAAGCACUACACGGCGGAGCACCGGGACUUUGCCGACUGCCGCAACGCGCUGAAGGAGGUCACAGAGAUGACAUCACAGCUGCAGAACAGCCUUAUCCGCCUGGAGAAUUUCCAGAAGCUGACAGAGCUGCAGCAUGACCUGAUUGGGAUAGACAAUCUCACAGCACCUGGCAGGGAGUUUAUUCGGGAAGGUUGCUUGUACAAGCUCACUAAGAAGGGCUUACAGCAGCGGAUGUUCUUCCUGUUCUCAGAUAUGUUACUGUACACAAGCAAAGGGGUCACGGGGACAAAUCAGUUCAAAAUCCACGGACACCUCUCUCUGCAUGGCAUGUUGGUGGAGGAGAGUGAGAAUGAAUGGGCCGUCCCACACUGCUUCACCAUCUAUUCUGCACAGAAAACCAUAGUGGUGGCAGCCAGUACCCGCCUGGAGAUGGGGAAGUGGAUGGAAGACCUAAACGUGGCAAUUGAAAUGGCCAAGAAAUCUACGGAGAAAUCCGAGAUGCUUCUGGAAAACUCUGUGUGCAACCGCUCCAACAGAUCCUCUGAUGAGGUCUCUCUAGAACAGGAGUCUGAAGAUGACAUACACUCCUCUCGUAGCUCCUUGGACAGGCAGAGUCACCACCGUGCCAACACAACCAUGCACGUGUGCUGGUACCGCAACACCAGCGUCUCCAUGACUGACCACAGUGUGGCCGUCGAGAACCAACUCUCUGGAUAUUUGCUGAGGAAGUUCAAGAACAGCAACGGCUGGCAGAAACUGUGGGUUGUCUUCACCAACUUCUGUUUGUUUUUCUACAAAACACACCAGGAUGAUUAUCCCUUGGCCAGCCUCCCGCUGCUCGGCUACACGGUCAGCUCCCCCGUGGAGGCGGAUGGGAUUCAGAAGGAUUAUGUCUUCAAGCUUCAGUUCAAGUCCCACGUGUAUUUCUUCCGGGCUGAGAGCAAAUACACCUUUGAGAGGUGGAUGGAGGUGAUCAAGAGAGCCACCAGCUCUCCAGCCAGGUCAAGCCUGCUGCUUCCCAGGGAGGAGAAGGACAGUCACACUGACUGACACAGGGCAGGGCUGGAUCUCUGCUGGCAACACCAACAAAAGAGGCAGGUGGGAACAGGAGCCUCUGGAGCUGAUAAAGCAAAGACUCAAGGAGGCCUGUUUCCCCCGGUAUGGAAAGUGGGAGUGAGGGGGCUGCAGACAGGGAGCACAUCACUUCCCGAUGGUAUGGAAGAGGGUCAAGUCUGUUCCAGUUGAACCUACUUACAGAGAACCCAACAACAGCAGUGCUCCAGUGCACACACCUCACGGGAGGGUUCUUGUUCCGUUGUACCUGUACAGUAACACCUUUACCUGCCCUGAAGGCCGGUGCCACCUUGUUUUCACAUUUUGACUGGAUGAUCAGCAUAUAUGGGAGAAACCCAGCAGCUGCCAGUGGUGGUGUGGCUCACAACAGCGGGUGCCAGGGCUCGCUCACCUCUCCCAGACAUCACCUGCCCUGUGUGCUCGCUGUCCCUGGCUGCACAGCCCCGUCCUGCUGCUGUCAACGUCACCCUGCUGGCACAGCCGUCUCGGACCUAUGGGGACGCACAGGUGUGUUAGCUUACACACAGUUCAUUCCAAACAGGAUCUGCAGCUCUCCUAAAACAGCUCUGCUCCUCAGGAGCUGCCACGGCAGCAGUUUCCCAGGGAAGCGGGAGAACUGGACCUCUGCUGAGCUGUCAAGGUGUCGGUGUGUUGUGGGUCGGUGCAGGGGGUGCAUGGUUUUUCCUCUGAACUCAAUCACUAUUCUCAUAUCCCAGCUCCCAUUUCUUUGUCCUGUAGUAGGAAUUAUGUAAGGCACAGGAUGGCAUUCACUCUCCACUCUGGUGUGGGUGACGUUUUCAAGGCAUUUGAGCACUAUAGGAGAAGAAGCCUCUCUGAAAGUCACCGAUGCUUACGCUUUUGUCAUGCAAAGACUUCUGAAAAUCCCUAUUCUUGCCUUUCAAUUUCGGGUGGGAUCCAUCUUCUAUUUCUCCUGAAGGUAUAAAAGUCACUGGAUUCCAGAUGGAGCAUCAGUGUCUGUGAACUCUAUUAAAUCUCUGUAUUAAAUCUGAAAAGUUCGCAGCUCGUUCUGUUUUUGUAAAUCUGUCACCUGUGGGUGCCUCCACGGAAGGACCGAUACACGCUAAGUGCCACAAGAUGCCGUUGGACGUGGCUUUGAUGGGCUCUGGGGACUCUGCUUUAUAUUAUUAGAUAGAAAAGUGUUUGUGUACUAGCAGAAGGAACAAUGCAGUGGUGCAGUGAAAGCAAAAGGAAAGUGUUGCAUGUCGUGAGGAUGCAGGAAUGUGGAGGUCCCUGUGACAACGGGAAGGACAGAGGCCAGCACGUGCAUUCCAUUAUGGUGUCAAAAAUGUGGGAUGAGGACUGCAGGGAGGGGGAAUCCAGAGGGAUUUUUCUUGCUUGGCAUUUGCAUCCUUGAGGAGUGACUGCAGAACCAGCCUUUGCCACCGCUGCCACAAAGACCAUUGUCCCAUCUAAGUUAAAUGUACUUAAUUUAUUAGCAUCUGCAUUUAUUAUUUUUUUAAUUACCUGUUGUAGGUGUAUUCAUGUGGAUUGAUUAGAUGUUAUACUGUGGCUGAAUAUGACUGUUCAAAGUAAAUAGCAUCUUGGUAUAAAA